AUGCACGAGGGUGGCGAGGUGAACAGGUGUCGGCCAGUGCUCGAUCGCCUUCAGCCAUGGAUGAUUCCGAUAGCAGCUCCGGAACUAUUGUCGUCUCCCAUACACCCGAGGAAAAUAUCGAUCGGUGAUCAGCUGUUGUUUGAAGAACGACCACCGCGACCUGGAGAAAUGAUAAAAGAGGCGGCACAAGUGGCUGUUUGGCCGGCUUUACCUAGGUAA